AUGAACGACAAAAAACGCGGGCGAAGAAGUAAGGCGGCAGGGGCCAAGAUGCUGCAGAAACAGACCUUCCUCAGCUUUUCCAAUGGCAAGCUUCUCGCCACAAAACGACCUACUUCCUCACCCAUAAUGUCACCUGACAAGUCACGCCAGAGCCCGCCGGUAAAGAAAAUGCCAAAGAAAUCGCCAAAGAAGUCAGUCAUCAAAUCGACGCCAAAGAACCUCCUACCGACUUCUUUGGCCAGCAGCUCAUGUCAAGCGACUGUGGUUCCAGAAACACCAGAGUCAGACAUGUCCAGCUCCUCCAUCUCAACACCCCUUCCAAAGGACACAAAGGAACGUUCUGGCAGCGGUUCCAGCUCAGACACAGACUACCAGACUCCGCCUGAGGGUCCUGUCGAGAUACCGACCGUCGUGAAGCGGGAGUCAUUCAUGAGCAAGCUGAACCUCACUGUGCGAGAUAAGUUUGAAGGUCCUUCGUUCGAUCUCGAACAGUCGUCAGAUAUUCCAACAAACAGACGGAGCACGCAAGAUAUUAUCACCAUCAGCAGCGACGAUGGAUCAUGUGGAGGGCGGGAAGACACGACGCUUCAGCCCAGUGACAACUCGGUGAUCGUUACUAGCGACGCAGAUACCUCACCCGUGCAUAACAACCAUCAGCUGAGAUAUUUCAAUUGUCGCAUCAUCGAUAGCACCCCGCUGGACAGGAGAAAAAAGCGUUCUGUGGAAGGUAGAGACACUGGCUCUCCCAAACGAAAAACCACCAAAAAGGAAGAUGCAGUGAAACAGGAAAUCUUAAUGAAGGGAAAUGAGAUAACGUCAACGCCCUGCAAGUCGAUACCGAAACCAUCGACUCCCCAGAAGGCUGCUCUUGUGAGAAAGGCUCUCAGAAAGACAACCCCUCACAAGAGAUCUACUCUCAAAACUACGCCCUCAAAAGUCAUCCCGGAAGCGUCUUUCGACAGUCCGGUUUCUGCAAACCGGAACAACAACAUUGAGUAUUACUUUAGCUCUCCCGCAAUGGCUGAUUCGCCACUUUCGCCCGCACGAAAACUUUCUAAUGAAAGUGUGUUGUCAUCGCCUCUGAAGGCACGACGGUAUCAGCACACUACGGACCUGACGUCCAUGUCUCUUUCCUCCGCACAGGACCUUUCGUCCGACGGACUUUUCUCGUCGCCCACUAAGCACCGACCUCUGCGAACUGUUAGCGACAAGAGCUCCCCUGAUAGCCAGAAAUCUCCUGACUCAGACGAUGGUCUUUUCGAUAGUGACUGUCCUGGAAGCACGAGCUACUUUGAUGGCUUUGACAUGGACAGCGAAAGUGAUCCUGAGCUGAAGGUGUCCUACAAUGCUGUGGAUGUCAAGCAGCGAGCCGAAGACAGACUGGCGGAGAUUCUAAAGGAGGUGAAACAGACUUCGUCAAGCACUACUCCUCGUGGAGGAAGCAACGAGCCUGAGGACGAGGUGGCCGUCAAGUACCAAGCUGCCAAGCUCAAGGAGGCUGAGAGAAUCCAGCAGCAUCAGGAGAAGAAGGAGGCUUACUACAAGAAGCUCGACGAGGAGGAGGAGGCCAGGCGGAAGCAACAGUUGAUGGAUGCUCCUCUUGUACAGUGUGAAACCGCUGGUGUCGAAGUCUUUUCUUACGAUACUGAAAGCAUCGGUGUCCUGCCUGAUCAUAAGCUUCUCAGAGUGAUGAAUGAGGCGUCCUUGAAGCCCUCGCAGGUGCUUCCUCGACAGGCUGUCGAUCUAGAGUUCAACACAGUCGAUGUUGAGUGGCUUCUGGUGAAGCUUGCACGUGAGACUUCCAGUGUCGAGCGACAGCACAUUGUCCCUCAUUUGCAGAAGGCUGAUAUUAUGCUCACUCGGGACAACAUCGAGAAGGUCAUGAAGGCAAUUGGACUGAGAUACUGGGACAAGCGCAAGGGUAGUUUUGAGAACAAGGCUAGUGCUUAUUCUGUUCUCAACAAGAAUCGACGAACCGAAAGCAUGCCUUGUACACCUGUCAAGCCCAAACGGCCAGGCAGAUUGGCUAGUAAUAAUCCGAUUACUCCCGUCAAAGCACUUAGAAUGGACACACCAUUCAGUCCCUUCAGCUCUUUUGAUAGUCCUACCUCCUUCUCCAUGUCCACUCCCUCCAAGACGUUCAAAACACCUCAUCCUCCCCCUCCCUUCCGAUACAGGAGCGCCGAAUCGUUGUCUGACUUUUUCGACACUAUGGCUCAGCUUAUUGAGCCCGACUGCAUCGAUUUUCUGUUCAGGCUACUUUUGCUGGUGUCUUCAGAUUCCUCGCUGGACUCUUUGCAGUCCGACACCAGUCCCGCAUAUGCUGGAAUGGCUCGCUUGCUUGCCAAGGAUGAAUUCACGGUCGAACAGGCCCUAGAGUUGGUAUGCGACACUGUGGACCUCAAGUCUGCACAGUCUCGAGUUUUGCAAGCUCUCUUCUGUGGCACAGAUAGCACUAUGAUCGAGCUUGCUCACUCUUGUGCCUCCGUGUUCUUUCUACGAGAGUACAUUCAAGACAAGACUGCCAGCGAGUUGGCGUCGCUGUGCUCCACUGAUCGAAGCAUUCUGAAUACUACAUUCUUGGACAACCUGAUGGACUUCUCUCAUCACUCUGAGAAGCCUUCGUCAUUCAUCCGACACAUGUUUGGCUUUUUUGCACAGACCAUGGACCCCACGUCUGUCAAAACGUGGAGACCUGAACUGAAGCGCAAGGCGGAUUCGGCACUCAAGUCGCGGUCUGAUUUUGUGGACAACUUGGACGACUUUAAGUUCAAUGCUCUCGUCAUGUCCUGGCUCACGCGAGUAUCCACAGAGUUCAUUGUUGUCGAGCCCGCUCUCUCCGCAGCGUCAUUCUAA